AUGGCGGCCUCGUCGUCGUUCAAGCCGAACCCGCUGUCGCUGAGCGUGCCGGACCCCGCGCUCGACCGCUGGCUCCGGGACAGCGGCUACCUCGACCUCCUCGACUCCACCACCACCGGAGGGCCGUCGUCAGCCUCGGCCCCCUCCACCUCCACCUCCACCUCCUCCUCCGCCGCCAGCCCCGCCGCCGGCCCGGCCUCCUCCAGCGUCGCGGCCGACGUCCUCGCCUUCGCGCGCACCCUCGCCUCGCUCCUCGCGCUCAACCCCUUCGCGCGCCUCUCCACUGCCGACCUGGCCGCGCCCACCCCAUCCUGGUCGCUCGCCUUCGUCAGGCCCCCGGCGCCGCGUCCUACUCCUGGCCGCCCACACCCACCCUGGCCAGGCUCCGCGUCCAGGAGAACGUCCGCCGUUACCGGAUGCCGAUGGCGCUGCUGGGGAUGCUGGCCAGCCUCGCCGUCUGGGAGGGCGUGCGCUACUGCCGGGACCAUUGGGGCCUCACCACCAGGGCUCCAGGGGUUGCCCAAGCUCUGCUGCACUGUGCACAGAUUGGUGAGUAUGAUGUUCCUGCCUGCCCAACACUUAGAUUGA